AUGGAAAGCUUGCUUGGUGUUGAGGUCUUUCUUGCUGUAAUUAUCCUAAUUUUGUAUAUUUUGACAGCUGAAUUAAUUGAAAAAUCCAAGUGUGACUAUUUGCAUGAAACGACGAUAGCAAUUGGGCUUGGGAUGAUAGGAGGGCUAGGAUUCUAUUUCCUUGCAGGGGAUCAAAAAAUUGAGUUUUCAACAGGGAUCUUUUUCUACUUUGUUUUACCUCCAAUAGUAUUUGCAGCUGGCUACACGCUGAAAUCUAGAAAUUUCUUUCUGAAUUUUGGGUUCAUUGCUUUAUAUGGAUUCCUAGGUACAUUUUUUUCCUUUCUCACAUUAGCGAUUAUGGCAAUAUUCUUCAAUGAGAACGGAGCAGUCUCAGAUACUGACAAAAUUUCUACAAAAGACUGUUUACUAUUAGCAAGUGUUCUUUCAGCAACAGAUACUGUGGCCGCCAUCACUGUGGUAAAAGAAUCUAAAUUCCCAAGACUCCAUUCAAUUUUAUUCGGCGAAGGAGUGAUGAAUGAUGCUGUAGCCAUUGUCCUAUUCAGAACUGUCGCUUAUAUUGGUGAUGAAUUUGACGCCCUUGAUGGUUUAAACCUGUUAUUAAGCUUUUUAUAUAUGACAGGAACAAGCAUAUUAAUUGGUUUAGGGCUUGGGCUAUUAGCUGCAUAUAUUUUAAAGAAAUUUGGAUCAAUGGGAGAUCACCCAGAUAGGGAAACUGCUUUUAUUAUACUCAUGGGAUACAUGUCUUACAUUGUAUCUGAGCUUUUAGACUUAUCAGGGAUUAUGGCAAUUUUUGUAUGUGGGGUCACUAUGGCUCAUUAUGCUUGGCAUAACUUGUCUAGAGAUUCACAACAAGGGACAAAUCUUGUAUUUUCAGCCUUUUCUCAAGGCGCUGAAGCACUAACUUUUACAUAUUUAGGAAUGACAGUGACAACAACAGGAUGGGAAGACUGAAAUAUUUUAUUUUUACUAUGUAUGUUUGUAGCCAUGGUUGUCGGCAGAGCCGCUUCUAUUUUUAUGUCAUCUGCUAUUGUCUAUUUACUCCAAUGGGGACACUUUGGCUUGGACUCUAAAAGCAUUUGUGUAGCCUGGUUCACUGGUCUGAUCCGUGGAGCAAUUGCUUUUGCCUUGGUUUUACAAAUAGAAAGUGAGCACCAAAAGGUUUUAGUGUCUACCACCCUUGGCAUUGCUUUAUUAACUACAAUAUGCUUAACGAACUUACUAUCGCCUUAUACAAGAUUUAUAGGACUAGAAUCAAGCUCAUCUCAAGAAAUUUAUUUUGAAUUGAUGUCAAAAACAGCUAACACAGAUGAUAAAAUUUAUACCCAAACAAUAGAAAGCUCAGGGCUGUCUUGGUUUCAUAGGAAUUGGCAGAAAAUUGAUGAGAAAUAUUUAACGCCGAUUUUUGGAGGAAUGAAAAUUGAAGAAGAACAGAAAAAAGUGUGGGAUAAGCUGUGGGCGGAUGAUGAAAUUGAGAUUAAUAAACUUUAA